AUGAAUAAAUUAGCAAACAUGCGGCAUUGGUCAGAUAGGAUGGCUCCUGGCUUUGGCAUGUCGAGGCCAAACCCCAACAAUAUGAGCAUGCCAGCCAUGACGCCGCAACACAAACCCAUCCACGGCUCGCCCAUCUCCCCAACGUCCGAACAAGCGACCAUCCACUACUCCUUCAACGUCCCCUUUGCCUCCGAUCUUGCUGGGCCGAAUACAGAGGACAUUCUGUACGCGACGACCGGUGCUGUUGAGCGAUGGACGCACCCUGAAGACGCGCCAGACGACGUCCCGAUAUACGAGCUCCCUGUACACGCGCAGAACGUCAUCAACUUAAGAAGGCUUUGUAAAGAUCUCUCGAGCGGGCCGCUGCCGAUAGAAGCCCACGUCAAGUCCUCAGAGCCGAAACGUGUCAAGGGCCAGGUUACAAAUGUUUGUCUUUCGGGAAGUCCGGACUUGGUACACAAAAGCAGAGAGGCGAUUCUAAAUGAGACGCCUUUGGCAUUGCGUCAUGCUGUGGUUGAUAUUGACGGAGAAUUGGUCAUUGAUACAGCUGCCACGGCUCUUAAGACCCACGUCAUCGAUCAACUUGAUCGUAUUGCAGGAUUCUGUGGUGUUGAUGUCUUCCUUCUCGGGCCUAAAUUCGCCCUGACCGAAGUAUCGAAUGCAAAUGGCGACCCGGGUCGGGAUCCACGGUGGAGAAUUGCCAUCUACGGUGACAUGGAAAGUGCCGAGCAUGCCAAGACGAGAGCCUUGAUUUUCAUUGACAAAUUGCUGGGACGCGUUGUUGAUGGCACGAUUCUCGAACUCUCUCUCCACACUGUCGUAUGCGGACGAUCUCGAAAGAAUAUUAAGCUGAUCGAGUCGGCAACUAACACCGCAAUCUACUUCCCGCCCCCGUUCUCCCAGGUCUACAAAUAUUGUCCUGCUGGCGCUCAAAGACGCAAUCCAGAAGAGAUUUUCAUCACAGGGGAUACGCCACAGAAUAUUGCUAUGGCCAAGCAGAAGAUACACGAGCUUAUGUCGCGCACACGUCUCUUUAUGAAAGAUACACCGAUUUCUGCGGCUAAAAUUGACAGCAUUCUUCUUAACAGAUUGGACAAAGUUCGCAAGAUCAUGGAAACGAAUGGAACUUUCAUCCAAUUCCCAACUCUCGGUUCCCAACGGGGUUCUCUCAGAAUUCAGGGUGUUGAGGGAUUGCAUGUUGAGAGGACCGUUCGAGACAUUAUGUCUUUGACUGGUCAGUUCUACGGCGCCCAGUGGACCAUUUUGCAAGCUGAGACGGCUCGUCUCCCAUCUCCGGCUGAUGUCCGCACCAUGCUUUCCGACAUCUGUGCAAACUCGGAUGCGGAUGUAUCUUUUGAAAAGCUCACAUUUACCAUUACAGGCUCCGAUGAUGCUGUUAAGGCAGCGUUGAUGGUCAUUUCCGAAAUCAGAUUUGUUAGCAGGUCUCAGUAUCAAAUACGUGUCAAAAUUGAGCUUGCAAAUGAGCACAAGGAGUUCGUUAGCGGGAAAAAGAACGGCAAGAUCAACAAGAUUAUGGGCCAGAGCAGUGUGCAGAUCAUCUUUGAUGGCUUUAGCGAGUACAACUUCAACAUUGAUGUCUGCGCUGGAAGCUAUGAGGCCAUGAAAUCCGGUCUAAUGCUCGUGGAGCAAGAAAUGCCAGCAUCCAUCUCGUUCCACGUGCCUGAUCAGUACCACAAACGCAUCAUUGGCAUUGGCGGCCAGCACAUCCAGCGCAUCAUGAAGAAACACUCAGUCUUUGUCAAAUUCUCUAAUGCUAUGGAUCGAGGCGGAGUUGGGCGAGAAGAUGAUGAUAUCAAGGUUGAUAAUGUCAUCUGCCGUACACCUGCCCGAAAUGCUCAGAAUCUUGAGCUUGUCAAGUCAGAGAUUCUGGAUAUGGUCGACCAAGUGGACUCGGAGUUUACUUCGCAGACCGUCAACGUCGAGAGAUUGAUACACAGGCAGCUCAUUUCUCGCCUCGACCAACUUGAAGAACUUGAGAAGAAAUGGAACUGCAAGAUCAGCUUCCCAAGCACUGAGCAGGCUAGUGACGAUGUCACGAUCUCUGGCCCAGAGUGGCAAGUACCAUACUGCGUGGAUGCAUUCCUUGGUCUGGUUCCAGAUCGACAUGAGCUGAUUCUGGCGCGCUCGGAUGAACUGAUGAAAUACCUGGAGUCUAAUGAGUUCCGAAAUGACUUGUGCGCAAAGCUCAAAAGCCAAUACGUCGUCGAAGUGCAUGUCGGAACCGAUGCAAACGAGCUUACCGAAGAGGGAGGACCUACUGUCACUCUAGAGUGGAACUUUACGCGCAACAAUGCUGGCGGCGUCCGAGAUGCCAUUGACUUGUUGGCAGCGUCUCUCGCAGCCGCAGGGGUUGAAGCUACAAUCGUCAAGGGGGCUAUCGCGCGCCCUAAGUCAGAUUCCUUCGAAGAAUCCUUACCGUUUUUCGAGUCAAAGGUGUUGCAGCAUUCGGCGCCUGUUUCGACCGAUUCGCCAACCAAAUCGUCGUUUGGCGAUGAUGCUCGCGAGCGAAGCACAAUCUUCGACAAACUUCGAAAGCCUGGCAGCAUGACCUCAAUAUCUUCUUUCCUGGACCGCCGCAAGAAUAGCUCCCAUUCUUCUGCCAAUUCUUUGUUCAAGACUGGGGCCUCUGGCAAUGUUUCCAAGUCAUCUUUAAUCUCUAUCGAAUCGACCAGAAGCUUUAAUGCGGACCGUAACCCAUGGAACGACAGUGGUGUCAACUUGCCGGACGACGACACUACUCCAUGGCCGACCCGCCAUUUUGGCAAUGGCAGCGGGAGCAGCAAUGAUCACAAGCCCUCCCAACUUCAGCAUCCCGGCGAUGUGACCCCGAGACACACUAUGCGUGCCUCCACCGAUAGUGGACGACCUUCAACUUCUCAUUCCACAAACUCAGGAUAUCCUGGCCCUAUUGGGCCACCGCGUUCUUAA